CUGCUGCAUCCCACUAGGAACUCCACUCUCUCCUCAUCCAUCACAAUGAGUAACAAAUUCCUAGGCACCUGGAAACUUGUCUCCAGCGAGCACUUCGAUGACUACAUGAAGGCUCUAGGCGUGGGGUUAGCCAACAGAAAACUUGGAAAUUUGGCCAAGCCUAGUGUGAUCAUCAGCAAGAAGGGAGACUAUAUCACCAUUAGAACUGAAAGUGCCUUCAAAAAUACAGAGAUCUCCUUCAAGUUGGGCCAGGAGUUUGAUGAAACUACAGCUGACAACAGAAAAACCAAGAGCAUUGUGACGCUGGAGAGAGGCUCCUUGAAGCAAGUGCAGAAGUGGGAUGGUAAAGAGACAACCAUAAAGAGAAAGUUGCUGGAUGGGAAAAUGGUAGUGGAAUGUAUAAUGAAGGGUGUGGUCUGCACCAGGAUUUAUGAGAAGGUCUGAGAAAAUCGUUGACUCAUCCAAAUGGUGUUUGCUCAUCUGAGACUGGAAAUUACUCAGCGAGUCCUGAGUUCACCGCAGCUGGUUGUUUGCUUUCUUCUGCCCUUGCCAUAUGUUUUAUAGCAAAGGUUUAAAUGAGAAUUAACCUAAAAUGUUAAUUUCGACAUUUUCCGUUUUCAUCCAUGUCUUUGCCAUGUUAAUCCUUCUGUAUCGACUACACAAAAGACAUCCCAUAAAAAUCACCGUUGCAGAGUGACAGCCUAAGCUGUGCUCAUUCUUUCUGUUUUAAAUAAUGAUAAAAAGAAGUAAUCAAAUACUAAAAGAAGGUAAGAGCUUUGUUCUAGGUAAGAUAAAUGUCUCCGGGGGCCUGGGCAGUUAGGAGCAGGGGAAACCAUAAGGAAAACAAAGCAAGAUCAGAUACUUUAAAUUGGGGUGGGCAGGGGGUUCCUCAUUUCAGGCAACAGGAGCAGCCUCCAUACCAUUUAGGCCAAAGUGUUGUAAUGCACAAACAGUGUGGUGCACAGCCACUGAGCAUGUUUGACAACACAUGUACCUAUGUGUGUGCACAUCCCAACUGAGGCAAACACGGUUCCUCCACUUUAGAAAGCUUCCUCAUCUCCCUCCCCAGGUGAUAACCCACCAGAAGCAAGGAUGGUACUGAUUUGGUCCUAUAUUGGCUUUGCUUAAAAUAGCACCAGACCUCAUGCAUUCAUUUCUCUGUACCUUUUAAAACCUAGCAUGAUGGUUUCCAGGUUUAUCCAGGUUAUCACACAUAGCCGUGAUUUGCUCCUUUUUUAUCACUAUUAUUCCACUGUACAGCUGCAUUGUUUUAGUUAUCCAUCUUCCUCCUGAGACAAUUGGGUUAAAACCAGUGUCUGUGUACAAUGAAUAAAGCUGCUACAUUCUUGU